CAGCUAUAUAAAGUCCUUGAUUCUGUGUGGGUUCAAACACAUGUCAAAGAUUCAGGGUCCUGGAAGGUUUCGCUCUGCUUCCUGAAGGUCUGAGUGCGGCUCCCAUAAAGCCAUGGCUUGCAGUGGAUUCCAGAGGCCUUGGGCUCUGCUGCAUCUGGCGUCUAGGACUGGGCCCUGUACUGCUCUGCUUUCUCUUCUCCUCAUCCCCGUCUUCUCCAAAGGCAUGCACGUGUCCCAGCCUGCAGUGGUGCUGGCCAGCAGCCGAGGCAUCGCCAGCUUUGUGUGUGAGUAUGGGCCUUCAGGCAAAGCCGCCGAGGUCCGGGUGUCAGUUCUGCGGCAGGCUGGCAGCAAGGUGACUGAAGUCUGCGCUGCGACAUACACAGUGUACAAUGAGUUGGCCUUCCUGGAUGACUCCGCCUGCACUGGCACUUCCAGUGGAAACAAAGUGAACCUCACCAUCCAAGGGCUGAGGGCCAUAGACACAGGGCUCUACAUCUGCAAAGUGGAGCUCAUGUACCCACCACCCUACUAUGCAGGCAUGGGCAAUGGAACCCAGAUUUACGUCAUUGAUCCAGAGCCGUGCCCAGAUUCUGACUUCCUCCUCUGGGUCCUUGCAGCAGUCAGCUCAGGACUGUUUUUCUACAGCUUCCUCAUCACAGCUGUUUCCUUGAGUAGAAUGUUAAAGAAAAGAAGCCCUCUUACCACAGGGGUCUAUGUGAAAAUGCCUCCAACAGAGCCAGAAUGUGAAAAGCAAUUUCAGCCUUACUUUAUUCCCAUCAAUUGAGACGCCCUUAUAAAGAAGAAAGAACACUUUCCAGCUUCCAAGAGCUGAAGCAAUUCUGACUUUUUGCUAUUCCAGCUGUUUUCAUUUAUUUGUGUAUUUUGGGAGGAUUCAUCUCUCUUUAAUACUAAACUGGAUGCCAAAGCCAAAUUAAAUGUACUACAAUUUAAAACAAAGGAGUUAGAAACAGAGCCAGGAUGUUUCUGUCGCAUCAGACCCAGUUUUAGU